GGCAGGGCCUAUUUAUUGCUAUGAUUUUCGUUCUCAUCUUCGCUUAGAAUUUUCGAAUUCUACAAGAUGACUGAUGAACUCAACUCCACGGUGGCUGCCGGCGACAAGAAGAUUGCAGCUCCAUUGUCCUCAUCUACUUCAGUGAACACAGAAGCAAAAUCAAGGAAACAACGUAAUAGAUCAUCCGAUGAGCACAAUUCAUUGCCUAGUGGCAAUAAACACCAAGGUUUAAAUGUGAAGCCAAGGGAGUCAUUUAUUUUCAAUGCUGUCAUGGUUAUUAUAUGUGUUUGUAUUGCUGGUAUAUUGAUAUGGGUAGCUGUAGAUGGAACUCCUAUAGAUUCUUAUGAAGAUACUAUUGGUUUAACCAUUGUUUUCAUAUCAACCUUUCUUCUUAUGGCCAUUGCAAGUUAUUUUGGGUUUCUUGCUUUUUUGGCUCUCUCCAAUCUCUAUAGAGAAAUCAAAGGGAGGAAGAAUGCGUGUCCAUCAUCUACAUUACCUAGCAACCAAAGCAAGACUUUGGCUUCACCAAUGCUAGGAGCAACUCAAGAAGAUCUAGCAACAAUGGUGUAGAUACAAGAUCGAUGUUAACUUGAUGGAAGAGAGAGAGUGCACGUGAAUUAGAAAACCAAAAGAAUCUAUGCAUUUAUAAUUUUUGCAUUUUGUAUUUGUGAAGCUGACAUUCGACUGUGUAGUUGGAAAAUAAAUACUCAAUUUUCCUAAGAUUUCUUGAGUUUACUAGGAGAAGCUUUGUCAAGAUUAUGUCUAUAAUGACUCAGUUUGCUGAAUUUGAAAGUUAAUUGCUUA